AUGUCCGCGAAGUCGAUCCUCGAAGCUGAUGGCAAGGCCAUCCUCAACUACCACCUCACUCGUGCUCCCGUCAUCAAGCCUACCCCUCUCCCUGCUUCCACCACCCACAACCCUCCUUCCAGGCUCGCCUCUCUCUACUUCCCCGAAGAUGCUGCUGUCAAGGACGUCCUCGACCAGGCUGAGGUCAUCUACCCCUGGUUGUUGACUCCCGGUUCAAAGUUCGUCGCCAAGCCAGACCAAUUGAUCAAGAGACGAGGAAAGAGUGGUCUGUUGGCUCUCAACAAGACCUGGGCUGAGGCUCGGGAGUGGAUUGAGGCUCGUGCCGCAAAGGAGGUUCAGGUUGAGACUGUCACUGGUGUUCUCCGUCAGUUCCUCGUCGAGCCUUUCGUCCCCCACCCCCAGGAGACCGAAUACUACAUCAACAUCAACUCCGUGCGUGAGGGAGACUGGAUCCUCUUCACCCACGAGGGUGGUGUCGACGUUGGUGAUGUCGAUGCUAAGGCUGAGAAGCUGCUCAUCCCCGUCAACCUCAAGAACUACCCCUCCAACGAGGAGAUCGCCGCUGGUCUGUUGAGCAAGGUCCCCAAGGGUGUCCACAACGUCCUCGUCGACUUCAUCUCCCGUCUCUACGCCGUCUACGUGGACUGCCAGUUCACCUAUCUCGAGAUUAACCCUCUGGUUGUCAUCCCCAACGCCGAUGCCACGUCGGCCGAUGUUCACUUCCUCGACUUGGCCGCCAAGAUCGACCAGACUGCUGAGUUCGAGUGUGGUACCAAGUGGGCUAUUGCCCGCAGCCCCGCCAACCUUGGUCUCGCUACCGUCCCCCAGGCUGACGGCAAGGUCAACAUUGACGCUGGCCCCCCCAUGGAGUUCCCCGCUCCCUUCGGUCGUGAGAUGAGCAAGGAGGAGAAGUUUAUCUCCGACAUGGACGCUAAGACUGGUGCUUCGCUCAAGCUCACCGUCCUCAACAGCAACGGUCGUGUGUGGACUCUGGUUGCCGGUGGUGGUGCCUCGGUCGUCUACGCCGAUGCCAUCGCCUCUGCUGGCUUCGUCAGUGAGCUCGCCAACUACGGUGAAUACUCCGGUGCCCCCACCGAGACCCAGACCUUCAACUACGCCCGUACCGUCUUGGACCUGAUGCUGCGUGCCCCCACUCACCCCGAGGGCAAGGUUCUCUUCAUCGGUGGUGGUAUUGCCAACUUCACCAACGUCGCCUCGACCUUCAAGGGUGUCAUCCGUGCCCUCCGUGAGGUUGCCCCCGUCCUGAACGAGCACAAGGUCCAGAUCUGGGUCCGUCGUGCCGGUCCCAACUACCAGGAGGGUCUCAAGAACAUCAAGGCCGUCGGUGAGGAGCUGGGUCUCAACAUGCACGUGUACGGUCCUGAGAUGCACGUCUCUGGUAUCGUUCCCCUUGCCCUCUGCGGCAAGCAGACCGACAUCAAGGAGUUCGGUGCUUAA